AUCUUUGCUGAUUUUGAUGGACAGGUGUACCCUAGCGACGCGUCUCGACUCCGAUUCUUGCAGGCUCUUUAACGGGUUCGAGUAUACGAUGAAUGGGUGUAUUUAAUCCAAAAAAGAAGUCGUGCUGUCACAUUUCCCUUCUCGUCAAUGACAAGUCCAAGGACAUCAGGCAGUCUUUCCAUCAUCAUCACUUACACUAUAUCCGAAAAAGUUCCCGCCAGUCGAUAUUGAGGAAUCUUAUUCGAGUGUAUUCAGAAGUCCAAGGAGAGAAUGAAUCGGGUGGGUAGUGGUGGUCGGUCGUGAGUUGAUCGGCCGAAGU